AUGCACUGGUCGUUGAAGGGAAUCGGAUGGUGUGUAGCCCAGUUCUUGUCGGCCCUAGUAGGCAGAUCUCUAGCGCAAAACCAACUAUUGAUCUUUCGCCUCAAUAUUAGUGUCAUGUGUGCCGGUCUUAUAACUGCGUAUGUUGGCAAAUGGGUUAGAAGUGUUGGAUCGUUUAUCGCACUAACUGUGGCCUUGUUCAUGUUCAACUUUUUCGGACGUCUCGUCGCCUACUCUGGCAUCAUUGCCCAAUUCCCGGCGGUCAUGAUGUACACUAUCGGGGAGGCUGUCACGGCAAACAUUAUGACAUUCAUACUUUUAUCGUUGUGGACUGCGUCUCGAAGGUCAAAGAAGCUGCCGCUUGAUGGACCAUUGUUGUUGGAUGAGACAUAUCUCGUCAUACCGUUUCUGAUUGCUAGUAUUGCUGUGACUGCUCUGGUUGGAAUUAUUGGGGUGGCCAUUGUUUAUAAUGCCGCAAUUGGUAAUUUCUUGGACUUUUGGAGUACUCAGGGUGUAGGAUUAGUGGUGACGCUGCCGGCGGUGUUGCUCGUCUCGCAAACUGAUUGGAGACAUAGUGUCUUCUGCAAUUGGAGUAUGACUGGUGUUGCAACACUGCUUACUGCUACAGUGAUGCUGAUCCCAAUUGCCGUUUCAUAUACGUACGAGACUGCUGCCUUAACCGACCAGCCCUCCAUACUAAAAGUCUUCUGGAGCGUCUUGUUUUCGAUACCCGUAUUGGCCUUGUCGGGGGUCAUACUUGGGACUACGGGACUAGCAUGUCAUUUAUUGUUGUUUUCGAUUGCAACGCCCAUGAUUCGAUUUUUGCCUGGUGACUUUGAAUAUGAUGAUCACCUGCUAGCACUAAUGUUGCUCCUAAUAGAUUUGAGCAUGCUACCCUUCCUAGUCCUCCUGGCAGACCGAAACCGUUUCCUCGGCUCAGUCGAAAAGCAAGUCGAAGAUCGAACCAUAGCACUAGUGAAAGCAAACCAAGAGAAAACAGAAUUCAUGAGUUUUCUAUGCCACGAGCUCCGAAAUCCUUUACACGUCGUUCUGUCUAUGGCCGAUAUGGCCAUGGAAGACAACCCUAAUGACAUCUACUCAAAGGCAAUCAGUACUGCUGCAAGAUAUAUGACAGAUUUAUGUAAUGAUGUGCUGGAUGCCACCAAAUUGAAGAGUGGCAAGACGGAUAUUGAACCGAAAUGGGGAGAUUUGGCUGGCAUGCUGAAAGAUCAAUGUCAUUCGUUUUCGUUGCAUGCGGCAACGUUAGGAAUCAAAUUGCAGUAUCAUGGAGAUGCGGAUGUGCCGGAUAGAUUGUAUGCUGAUAGUCUGAGGUGGAGGCAGUGUCUAACGAAUCUGCUUGCCAAUGCGUGCCGCUUUACCAAGUCGGGUGGUAAUGUUGAUGUAUCGCUGUAUUUAAUUAGGGAUGGUGUGGUUCCUGUUGACCAUGUACGGCUGAGAUGUGAAGUGACGGAUACUGGAAUAGGGAUAGAUCCAUCACAUAUACCGACGCUGUUUAUACCAUUCAGUAUCGCUAGUCAACAGACAACACGAGAGUAUCAAGGGUCAGGGCUAGGCUUGUCCUUGAGCUCCAUGCUCGUCGAACUCAUGGGUGGUAAACUGCAAGUAGAAAGUCAGCCAGGCCAUGGCAGUCGCUUUUGGUUUGAGCUCGUCGUCCCGCGAGAACCAGCACCACCUGGACAUGUAAUCCAAUUUACAGAGGUCGUAGAAGACGCAGAUAUAACUGCCACAGCAACAGAUAGUGCCAUGAUUGAAUUAAAACCAUCAUCCACCUCCCACUGUAAUUAUACAGCACUCGCUGCAGAACUACCACAACACGAUCGUAACUAUUCGUACAGCUCUAAUAUGACUGCAACGACACAGGCCAGCAGUGGUGAUGAGAAUGACGCCGAGUCUAGUGGCAGGAGGUCUUCGGACGAUAGUAGUGGGUUGCUCAAAAGUAGCGCAAAGGCACAUCUGAGACAUCUCCAUCCAAGGCGAUCACUAUCUACUGUGAGUGAAGAAGCAAGUGUUGUCAUAGCCGUACCUAAUGAUUCGAUUCCGUUGAUCGAUCAGACGGAACCUCUCACUCCGAUUACUGCUCCAACUACCAAUGUUACAACACCAACAAUAACGACUCUCGAUAACGUUAUGGUCAGCAAGAAUACUCUGAUAAACCAACUGAUGGAUGGUCAACCAAUCAAUACGUCGUCUCCGAAUGGGAUACCGGGCCAUGACGAGAAUGUACAGCCAAAGCCGAUACUGUUGGAUGUGAACGGAAGGCCUAUUAUUGGUGCUCUUAUAGUAGAUGACUCGGAUGUGAAUCGAGCGCUUUUGAAAAAAAUGCUGCAUCGGUUGGUGCGUGAUAUGGAAGUACAUAUGGCUAAUGAUGGGCAAGAGGCUAUUGAUCUCGCAGAGCAACACAAGUAUCAGAUCAUCUUCAUGGAUUUGCAAAUGCCGAGAGUCGACGGCUGGUCUGCUAUAGCGCACAUCCGUAAAGGAGGCAUGAACGUUGAAACUCCAAUCAUCAUCACCUCAGCAAACACGGUGACUAUAUCGGUCGCAACCGGCUGUCUUAUCACUGCUCGUGUGUGUAAAUUUGCAAAUGUUUGGAGCUUGCUCCGUUUGCAAGUAUCACUGAGCCUGUCGUACUUUUUGGGACGUUUCUUACUUGAUCUUCGUUCCAACGAUAUGAUUGCCCUUGCAAUGCAUACCGUGGGCGAGUUCUUUGUCUCAAUCAUUAUGGCCACAUGUCUAGUCGCGAUAUGGACUCGAGCGAGAAAGAAAUCAGGAGAAUCGCUUACUGAAGCUUUCUUGUUGGAUGAACCGGGUAUUGUGAUAUCAUUCCUGCUUCUCUCUGUAACUGUUACUGCGGUAGUUGGCGUUGCCAUGUCGGCCAUUUUGUAUGAUUUCAAUGAUCUGUAUCCGUUACUCGAAUUUUGGAGCUCUGAAGCAGUAGGACUCAUAGUGACUCUGCCCGCUGUGUUGCUCGUGUCUCAAACCGAUUGGAGGCAACACGAGUUUACUUGGAAGAGGGUAGUUACAGCACCUCUCCUCUCUGCCAUAGGCAAUUUUGUAUUCGAAACUCCAGAUUUGAGAGACAGGGAUCCCGUCUUCAAAGUUUUUUGGAGUAUAUUGUUCUCGGCGCCACUACUCGCUCUCAGUGGCGUGUUGCUUGGAACUACAGGUCUAGCCAUAAAUGUCGUUGUAUUCUCGGUCGCAACACCACUGACACGAUAUUUGCCUGGUGAUUUCUCGUCCGACCAGCGAUUGUUGGCACUGACCUUGCUGCUCAUCGAUUUGAGUAUGCUGCCGUUUCUACUAUUACUGGCAGAUCGAAAUCGGCUCCUUGGAUCAGUCGAAAAGACAGUAGAGGAACGAACUUUCGAAUUAGUGAGAACAAACCAAGAAAAGACUGAAUUUAUGAGUUUCUUGUGUCACGAGCUGAGGAACCCAUUACAUGUUGUUCUGUCUAUGGCUGAUAUGGCCAUGACAGACAACCCCAAAGACGAAUACGCCAAAGCAAUUAGUACGGCUGCAAGAUACAUGACGGAUCUAUGUAACGAUGUGCUUGAUGCCACUAAAUUGAAGAGUGGCAAGACGGAUAUUGAACCGAAAUGGGGAGAUUUAGCUAGCAUGCUGAAAGACCAAUGUCAUUCGUUUUCGAUGCAUGCCACAACGUUGGGAAUAAAUCUGACUUUUCAUGGUGAUGCAGAUGUGCCGGAGAGGCUGUAUACUGACAAUCUGCGAUGGAGGCAGUGUCUCACAAAUCUGCUUGCCAACGCCUGUCGAUUUACCAAGUCGGGAGGUAGUGUUGGUGUAGGAUUGUAUCUGGUUAACGAUGCUUCCCUUCCGGAUGAUCACGUUCGAUUGAGAUGUGAGGUGACAGACACAGGAAUAGGAAUACAUCCGUCGCAUAUACCGACGCUCUUUGUACCAUUCAGUAUUGCUAGUCAGCAGACAACACGAGAGUAUCAAGGAUCAGGUCUAGGCCUGUCUUUGAGUGCUAUGCUGGUCGAAUUGAUGGGUGGUAAACUACAAGUAGAUAGCAAGCCGGGGCACGGAAGUCGAUUCUGGUUUGAGCUAGUUGUCACUCAAGAAGCUCGCCAUAGAAGCCACAUUAAAGAAGAUCUGGACGACAUGGAUCUUGCUGAUUGUAAUAAGAAGGAGCAUACGUCAAUUAGGAAUGGUGCAGAGCUGUCACCGCACAUUAGAAGCUCGUACAGCUCGAAUAAGACAAUAGUCACCGAUAGUGACGAUGAGGAUUCUGGCGAGGAAUCACAAAGAUCCGCACGUGAUUUAGAUAAAACAGGACGAGCACUGAGAACCCUUGCUACACCUGUUUUGGGUCCAUUGGUCUAUGAACGAGCUCUAUCUCCUGUAACAACGCUGGAUGGUAUGCUUAGUAAAGACACUCUGCUCCAUACCUUGUUGGAGACUCCACAGAGCAAUCCUACUUCUCCGCCACUGAAUGGAAGCGCUGGUGCUGUACCGGAUUUCGAAUUAAAUGAAAAUCCGAAAUCAAAGCUGGACGCCUCAGGGAAACUUAUUGUUGGUGCUCUUGUAGUAGAUGACUCAGACGUCAAUCGAGCGCUUUUGAAAAAGAUGCUGCAUCGGUUGGAGCCUGAUAUGGAAGUACAUAUGGCUGGUGAUGGCCAAGAUGCGAUCGACUUCGCAGACAAAAACCAGUAUCGAGUCAUCUUCAUGGACUUGCAAAUGCCAAAAGUUGACGGUUGGUCAGCGAUCGCCCAUAUACGUAAAGAAGGCUUCAACGUCCAGACACCCAUCAUCAUCACGUCAGCCAACCCGGUGGCACUGGAAGGAGAUUCUCUUGGCAGAUGCAGCGUACUUUCCAAGCCUUUCCUCGUCAAGGACUUGAAGGCUAUUCUUGAACGUUACGUAUGA